CUGAGCGUGCAGUGUUCCGCUCUCAGAAACGUCUGGAGAUAGGAGCCCGCUGCAUCGUUGCACUUGCUGCAUUUGACCUAAACUCCUCUUUGUCUCAUGGUAUAGAAUUUAUUUUCAAGGGCGACAUAAAGGAAUUAACGUGAUUUGGUGACACCUUCUUAGGGUUCUCGUUCGUAAUUUUCGGCAUUUCACAUUUACCUGGACUUCUUUGGUGUGUGGAGAACUCCCCCCUUUCCGCCCCUCCUUUUUGUCAAAUUUACUUCAACCUGAGGAUACUACCUGGACCGCUUCUGAUGGAACAGGCUCAUCCCAACAUACUCAAGCAGCCGUCCAGCACCACGUAGUAUUUCCUCAAGAAACGCGUCCACCAUCGGAUCCCAAGAAACAUGGACUGUUUCCCCAUGCUUUAUUUUCUGUCACGACAUCAUGAUUCCUGGUAAUCGAAUGCUGAUGGUCAUUUUAUUAUGCCAAGUCCUACUGGGAGAGAGCAGCCAUGCUAGUCUAAUACCUGAGGAAGGGAAGAAGAAAGUGUCAGGCCUGCAGGGUCAUCACCUGGAUCAGAGCCAUGAACUGCUGCGGGACUUCGAGGCCACGCUGCUGCACAUGUUUGGGCUGCAGAGGCGGCCCCGGCCCAGCCGCUCGGCUGUGGUACCCCAGUACCUGCUGGACCUGUACCGACUGCAGUCGGGGGAAGCGGAGGAGGCCGGAGCACAAGACACCACCUUCGAGUAUCCCGAGAGGUCUACAAGCCGUGCCAACACUGUGAGGGGCUUCCACCAUGAAGAGCACAUGGAGCAGGUGACGGGCGGGCCGGAGGACGGGGACGCCCCCCUGCGCUUCAUCUUCAACCUCAGCAGCAUCCCGCAGGACGAGCUGCUCUCAUCAGCGGAGCUGCGGCUGUACCGGCGGCGGGUCCACGAGGCGGGGGAGCGCGCCGAGGGCGAGGGACUGCACCGGAUUAACGUGUACGAGGUACUGAAGCCGCCGCGGCCCGGGCAGCUGAUCACGCGCCUGCUGGACACGCGGCUCGUGCACCACAACACCUCCAGCUGGGAGAGCUUCGACGUCAGCCCCGCCGUGCUCCGCUGGACGCGUGACAGACUGCCCAACCACGGGCUUGCCGUGGAGGUGCUCCACCUCAACCGCACGCCCCGGCAGCAGGGCCGCCACGUCCGCGUCAGCCGCUCCCUGCACCAGGCCCCUGGGGAGGACUGGGACCAGGUGCGGCCGCUGCUCGUCACCUUCGGCCACGACGGCAAGGGCCACCCGCUGACCCGCCGGGCCAAGCGCAGCGCCAAGCAGCGGGGCCGCAAGCGCAACCGCAACUGCCGCCGGCACGCGCUCUACGUGGACUUCAGCGACGUGGGCUGGAACGACUGGAUAGUGGCCCCGCCCGGGUACCAGGCCUUUUACUGCCACGGGGAGUGCCCGUUCCCGCUGGCAGACCACCUCAACUCCACCAACCACGCUAUUGUGCAGACGCUAGUGAACUCGGUGAACACCAACAUCCCAAAGGCCUGCUGCGUGCCCACAGAACUCAGUGCCAUCUCUAUGCUUUACCUGGAUGAGCACGACAAGGUGGUUCUCAAAAACUACCAGGAGAUGGUAGUGGAGGGGUGUGGCUGCCGCUGAAACGGAGCAUGUGCAGGCAGCAAGAACACUAAACUUUUACUGUCCGACGUAACACCUGAACAUCUUCACUU